CCAACCUGAGCACACUUUCUACCGGACAGCAAAGCCUUUAUCUGAUCUAAUCUGAUCUUCGGCAAUUGACGCUCCGCGCCCUGAUUGCACCGCGCCUGCAGUUCAAUGACACCUCCACCCGGCCAGAUAGGCUUUACCGACCGCUGUCUUUUUUGAUUGCUGCACUAGAAUCAACCAGCACAUGCAUACCUGAUGAAUUAACCUACACGAUCCGCCAAACGAAGAACAGAAGGACGCAUCCGACGAGGAGAAAGCGGACAUGAAGCUCAUUUGCCAUGUCUAAGGCGGCGGUGAAGAAGCUGCACUGGCGCUCCAAGGUGCAGGACAGCUUCGUCCCCUUGCUGGGCUCUUCGGGGGAGCUGGGGAUCGCCAUUGGUGGAGGAGCAGAUUAUGGAGAGUUUCCUUUUGUCACGUCGGCUCCGGGGGGCGGACUCAUAGUAGGCGAUAUCAUCCUAGAGAUUGGGGGAACACCUGUAUUAGGGAUGACAUUAGGAGAUGUCCGCGGUGUCCUCAACUCCUGCCCCCAUCCUAUCCGCAUCAAAACUGUGUCACCAGGCUCCACAUUGUGCAAGGAUCUCAGGUUGUAUCUGAGUAAGUGCUUCACACCCGGCUCAGUGGACAGCCAACUUCAGCAGGUCAUCCGAGAGAACCUCUACCUCCGCGCUGUACCUUGUACGACCAGACAGCCCAGAGAUGGGGAAAUCUCAGGGGUAGACUACAACUUUGUCUCCAUUGAGGAGUUCUUCUCCCUGGAGGAGUCGGGAGCGCUGCUCGAGAGUGGAAAGUUCAAAGGGAAUUACUACGGCACGCCUCGACCCGUUCACAUCAGCGCAGAGAGCCCCCCCAUCACCUACCAGGAGCACCGCAACCUGCUCAGAAACUUCCGCACACGCAGCAAAUCACUGAGCAACCUGGAGAAAGCUGCAGAGGACGGCGAGAACAGCGAGGACGACUCAGGCCUGUCAGGAGGCUCUGCAGGUGUCAGCAGCAGCGUUCCUCCCCUCCAUCGGUCCCCCGGGCGGCCCCGGGCAUCCAGCAGCGGGGAUGGUCGUGCCAUAGAGAACGGGAUCAUCGGCAGCAGAAGUGGUGCCAGGGUGAGAGGUGUGAUGCCUGAUCACUGGGAGCUGGCCUUCAGCGACCCAGGAGAGUCUCACUACAUUGAUCGCAACCCAAAGAGGACCAGCUGGCAGAGUCCUCGAGCCUCAAGCAGGGAAACCGUCUACAAAAAUGAAUGGUUCACAGACCAGCCUGGGGAGCUGAGGGGUUUCCCUGUGCACACGCACUUGACCAAGGGCUCCAGAGGGUUUGGUUUCAAUAUCGUCGGGGGCAGCAGGCCAAGAGAGUUCCUCCAGGUCUACAGUGUAACUGCAAGUGGACCCACAGCUCUCAAGACAGCGGACAUCCUGGUUUACAUCAACGACGUUUGUGUGUUGGGAGUGUCUCACAAAGAGGUGGUGGAGAUGCUGAAGUCUGUGCCUGUGGGCCACAGUGUGGACGUAGAGGUCAGAAGAGGGUAUCCCAUGCUCUACAACCAUGACGGUUGUCCCAAGCAGCCACCGCCAAGGCUACUGGACAGCGGGGACCCCAUCCUAGCACCCACCACCACCCAGCCUCAGCCUCUUCACCAACUACCUCGCCUCCCAACGCCCACUCCCCAGACCCAGCACUUUAACUUUAAUGGGGCCCACAGUGACGGGAGCUACAUGGAACCAGGGGUGACUCUGGACUCCAACGGAAAUGCCACGUCUUUCGCUUCCAGACCGCCGCCCUCGUACAGACGCUCCAGUAUGAGCAACGCCGCCUCCUCCUCCUCCCCCGUUCGUCCUCCUCGUUCCCUGAGAAGUUUAGCCAGGCUGCAGUCGUUCGACCCAACGCUCGCCAGCCAGAGUGACAGCGAAGUCGUUUCUGCCAUCGGUUCACACAGGGCAUCAAUGAUUCGUAAUCACAACAAUAACUCCCUCUCGACACCUACUCAUCCUCUUCGUUACGGCACGUCCAAGUCGUCUGAGAGCGACCUGUCCACCUGCACCCUGUCAGGGUCCCGGCUGCCCCUGCCUCAGUCGCCAAGGAGGCCCUUGUCCUCCCCCGGCGGCCCCCGCAAUGCUCACUCCCACCUCUUCAGACCGCAGACCUCACACCUCAGACCCCCUCCCACCCCCGACAGCCCCCACCACCGCGGCUUCAACGGUUUCCAUGGCAACGCCAGCCCCACCGCGAGUCCCAGCAGCGUGUCCUCUCCUGGGGCGAUGAGCAUGGGCAGCGGAGCUGGCAGUUUCAGCGGAGGGGAGCUGGUGCCGGUGGCCUUGGCGCAGAGCGAAGGAGACCGAGGACUCGGCUUCAGCGUGACGGCCGGCGGUCCAGGAGGCAGGAUGACGAUAGUGAAAAGAGUCUGGGACAGGAAGCAGUGCAACUCCCUGCAGCCAGGGGAUGCUAUUGUCAAAAUCAACGGUGCAGAUGUCCAGAGUCUCAGCUUUGCACAGGUACAAACAGUUCUGCAGGAACACACCAAACAGGCAGAAGUCAUCUUGUUGGUUUACAGAGGAGCCAUCUAUCAUUCAGCCGUCUCCCCCGGCUCUAUUCGGAGACUCCCUCCACCUCUGCUCCGCCCGCCUCCUCCACCUAUUGGUUCAGACAACUCCUCUGUGCUCCCAGAAGCGCUGCCUAUGCCGCGCACUUCCAUUAGCGCACCUCCCUCCCCAGCCCCGAUGCGCUCCUCUCUGAUCCAGAGCACCAGCUUCUUGGAGUCGAUCCCAGUGACCCUGACCAUGGAGCCCAAAGACUGGAUCAACACGGGCCUGGAGGAUGAGGCGGGCGGUGUCACAGUGCCUGAUUCAGGUCUAGAGAGGCAGGGCGGCGAACGAACUCGGCCCCUACGAGGGUUCGAUGUGGAGCUGAGGAGGAAGCCAGGAGAGGGCUUUGGGUUCGUCAUUGCUUCUCAGGAUGUAGAGAACGGCAAAGCUGCUUCACUUCUCCCUCACCGGUUUGUGACGGUCCGUCGGGGCAGCCCAGCGGCCAAGAGCGGUCAGAUCCGGCCUGGAGACAGACUGGAGGCCGUGGAGGGACGCUCCGUGGUGACUCUGCCUCAUCGGGAGCUUGCUCAAAUCCUUCGGAGAGCGGGGAACACCCUGCGCCUCACCAUCAUCCCCCGUCCCAGCACCUAUUCUUCCAGCCUUUCAGAAACCACUGAGUAUGACCCCGGUCACAGAGGCAGAAAGGGUCAAAGGUCGCGUCCGAAGCGAGACUCCAGAUAUUACAGCGUCGACCUGGAUCGCGGCCCCUCAGGCUUCGGCUUCAGCCUCCGAGGGGGCAGCGAGUACAACAUGGGCCUCUACGUCCUGGGACUGAUGGAGGGGGGGCCGGCCUCACGCAGCCAAAAAAUGCAGGUCAGCGAUCAGCUGGUGGAGAUCAAUGGGGACAGUACAGCAGGGAUGACCCACAGCCAAGCGGUGGAGCAGAUCCGCAGAGGAGGCCACCGCAUCCACCUGGUGCUCAAGAGGGGAAACGGCUACGUGCCUGACUAUGGCCGUGAGCACAGAAUCACCUCCCCCUCCCUCCUGCAUCACCCCAAGAAGCAGGGUUUGGCUGCAGUAGACUCCAGCGGGCGGAGGGGCCACAGCUCGAAGCAGAAGAAGAGAAGCAGGUCUUCAAAUGGACGCGAGAGAGAGAAAGGGACGGGAAGGAGAAGACGGGGCUCAGAGGGAGGAGGGCGCUCGGGUUUGCAAAGCCCCGUCUCCGAGCGGGGAGAGGGGUCUCGGGAAGCCUCGGGCAGGAGGAGGAGGAGGAGAAAAGGGGGGACUCAGAGUUUACCCAGAGAUGCCCUCAGGAAUUUUGACGAUAGUGAGACAGAACGAGGGACUGUGAGGGGAAGGAAAAGGGAGAGGGAGAGAGGGAGAGGGAGGAGAAAAAGCAGAGAGAGGAAAAGCAGAAGCGAGGAGAGGGUGAGGAGGGUAGAGGGUGAAGAGCCUGAGAGGGAGGAAGAGCCUGAGCGAGAGGAAGAGCGGGAGGCACCUGCUGUUGAGGAAGGGGUGGAAGAAAGGACGGAGGAGGUGGAGGAGAGAGUCAGUUCAGAGAGAGAAGAGAGUGAGGCUGUUUUUCUACCCAUUCCGAUUCCCGACCAAAAGCUUCCCAGACCCAAAGAAAACUGGGAGGUGGAGAAUGAUGAAAACUGGGAGGUGGAGAAUGAUGAAAACUGGGAGGUGGCAGCAGAGUACAGAGGGCUGAGGAGAGAGGAGGAGCAGGGGAGGUCACUGGAUGGUGCGACAGAGCUGAACGACGGUCAGGAAGACGACGAUGCGCAGAGCGAGAGGCCUUUACCGAGCGUUGCUGUGAUGGAUCCGGUGUCACAGAAAAGGCCCUUCUCCUUCCUCGCCUCCUCUCUGUCCAUACAGCAGCAGCUGGGGGAUGAUGAGUCAGAGUCUGGAGGCAGCCAAUCUGACGGCAGCACGUCUGCUGCCAGCAUCUCGGGCCUUUCUCUGGCCGCCACAGAAGCGGGCAGGCGCAGGGCCAAGGUGCUGCCAGGCCCCUGGCUCACGCCCAGCCAGCAGAGGGCGGUUCAGGCCGUGGAGGGGGACGGGCGCCACGGGAGGCGGACAGGGCAGGGGGGAGGAAGACGCGCUGUCUCCUGAUUUUUAACAGGAAGGAGAGCAUGCAGCAGCUGAAUGACGCCGUAUCAGAUUCUCACACUGUUAGACCUCGACUUGUUUUCCACAGCUACCCACACUACCAACAUUUUCUCUCAGUCACUUCGAUAUCUACAGUCGUACGAAGUCAUAUUCUUUGUGCCUUUUUACAGCCGACCUCUGGCUGAUUCAAUAUCGAUAUCUCAUUUGAAUUUAUAAAUGAUGCCAACAUGGCAAAGCUCUGUCUGAGUUGCUGGCGGAACAACGGCGAUGUUGUCUUUGUCUCGCUGGCGCUGUGUUUCACUCCUCUCCUUACGUUUGUAAUAGAUGUUUCCAGGACAACAAGGUAUUUCAGACAUCUUGGCCAUCCUACUUCCUGCGUCUCACUCACCUCUCUGCAUCUCCGUCUUCGAGCGACUUUUUGCAGAGUGUCCACCAUGAAGCACCAUCCCGACUGUACAAAGACUGCAUAGACAUUCACUUAUACCUCAUGAAGAUACUGAGCAAUAAUAAUGCAACUGUACAAGACUAUCAGCCAUCCAUUUCCAGUGCGCCACGCCCACCUGGUCUGAGAGGACACAGUGUAACAUGUUUGUACAAUAUCCUCUUUGUCUUAUGUGGACACUUGCCUCGACUUGUGAUGUUGUUCCGUAUAACUGAAUAUCUGAUUGUGAUAAUGCAAAUCCCCUUCGGUGGCAGGCGUGAAAUCUAUAUUCUGUACAUAUGUGUAGAGAAAUAAAUGACAGAACCUAUUGUAAAUACUACCUGGAGCCAAGCCCUGAUUUGUAUUACUGUACCGUAAUACAUGUCUAUAUAAAUAUAAACAUAUGCAGUAUAUCUAUAUAUUACAUACAACAUCUACCCGUUCGUAUUAUUUAUUAAUGUGUGAUGAGAAGUGAAAAUUGGUAUAGCUUUCGUGAAAAUGUAAACACAGAACUAUAUUAUACCUGCCCUAUUCAUAAAUGAAUGUUUUGUAAUAUGCUGCUUGAGUGUGGAUAAGGAUACUCUGUAUUGUUGUACCCUUCUUCAGAAGUCAGCAAAAGAUGCCAAAAAUAUGCAUCCGGUGUGCAUAUUUCUUGUACUGUUAACAUUGUGUAUGUGGGGUCAGAACAAAGCCACUGUCUAGAUUCUAGAGAGUGCUGUGCCCAUCGUGCCACGUACAGUUGCCUUGGUAACAUAAACCACUUUAUCCUAACCACUGAUUUUUCUUACUGUGAAAACCCUUUGCUCUGAGGUCUCUAACACGCGAGAGGCGGGCGGGCCGUUGAGUGAUUUCAGUCAUGCCAAAAAAAAGGCCCUUAUUGUGACUCCACAGGAAUAAUAAUCAUAAGCCUCUGCAGAAGCUGAGCUCAGUGUCGCGUCUAGGAAGGCAAAAUAGCACAUCCUUUUGUUUUGCUCUCUUUUUAAAGAAAUUCCGUUAUGGGGGGGAUAAAAAAAAAAAAAAAGCUGAAUGGAUACUGUGAGAUGUUAUUUUUCUAUGAAAUUAUCUUUUUUGAAAUACUCAGGUUUUCAGAUACUUUGCUCUAGAUAAGCCAUGAGGAAGAAAAGCUACAAAGUGACUUCACGCCGUUUUCAGAACACAGAGUGGAUUUGUAUGAUUUAGACAUUGAAGCAAUGUUGCGUUGGUUAUUUAUGGCGGCAUUAGGAGACGCAGACUGUUACAGCUCUUUGUUACCAGCCCAUAAUUAUCAAAAGAUGGAUGCUAUAUGUGAGGUCAUUCCUUCACGUGUACCUGUUUUGAACAAACCGCAGAACUGAAAUAAAGUGCUUGGUGUGCCCUGCCCAUUUGUUUGCAUUACUGUGCUGCAGAAAUGGCAGCACAGUGAGCAAACUGACAUACUGUCUCCCCCAACCAGUGACUGUACAGAGUAGCUUGGUAGCCUAUACGUAAGAGUUAUUUUAUAACGUUUGCUAAUGUUCUUUUUUUAGACUUUCAUUUCCUAAGGGGGGAUUAUAUGGCCGGACUGUAAACAUGUUCUAAUAAAAAACUCCAAAUA